GCAGGUUAUAUUUUUGCCAAGUCUGCACUACUCAGAUGGCCAUGAACUCAAACUGCUAAAGUGUACCGUAGGAGUUUGCCCUGACUUUCCCCCGUGACAUGCCUAGGGAUGUCUUGCUUCCUAUCUCUUUCUUCUCUGUUAAUCACCUUUCACAACAUGUUCCUCGCGAAGAGGUGAUGGAAAGGGGCACCACCAGAGAUUUGUUGGGAAUUUUUUGUAAGAUGAAAAUUACCUGUGGACUGGAAAUCAGAUAUGGAGAAAAAUUCUUCCAACAUGAUCCCUCUUACUGAAAACUCUCCUGAUAAAAAAGAGAUGGUGUGUAUUUUUGGAACAGGAGAUUUUGGAAGAUCUCUGGGGUAUAAAAUGCUCCAGUGUGGCUACUCAAUAGUGUUUGGAAGCCGAAAUGCACAGACUUCCAGUCUGAUUCCCAAAGGCACAGAGGUGCUGAGCCACAGAGAAGCUGCGCAGAAGGCUGACAUUAUUAUUGUAGCAAUUCAGAGACAACAUUACAACUUCCUCACAGAGUUAACCGAAGUUCUCCAUGGAAAAGUAUUGGUGGAUGUAAGCAACAACCUCAAAAUAAACCAAUAUCCUGAAUCCAAUGCUGAAUACCUUGCUCAGCUGGUGCCAGGCGCUAAGGUAGUGAAAGCAUUUAACACCGUGUCAGCAUGGGCCUUGCAGUCAGGUACAUUGGAUGCAAGCAGACAGGUGUUUGUUUGUGGAGACGACAACAAAGCCAAACAAAUGGUGAUGGAUAUUGUUCGGACUCUUGGUCUUACACCAUUGGAUCAAGGCUCUCUCUUGGCAGCCAGAGAGAUAGAAAAUUACCCACUGCAGCUCUUUCCAAUGUGGAAGUUUCCCAUCUACUUGGCUAUUGGUCUAAGUGCAUUUUUUUUCUUCUACAGUUUGAUUCGUGAUGUAAUCUACCCCUACAUACAUGAAAACAAAGAUUUAUCAUUUUUUAUUGUAAUUUCCAUUCCAAAUCGGGUCUGCCCCAUAGUGGCACUCAUCCUUCUUGCUUUGGUUUACCUUCCUGGCAUAAUUGCUGCAAUUCUCCAGUUACACAGAGGAACAAAAUACAGUCGUUUCCCAGACUGGCUGGACAAAUGGAUGCUUUGUAGGAAACAGCUUGGAUUAGUAGCCUUGGUUUUUGCUUUUUUACAUGUUUUGUACACACUUGUUAUCCCUAUUCGCUAUUAUGUAAGAUGGAGAUUAAAUGUUUAUGUCAUAUCUCAGAUAAAGGACAACAGAACAGAUCCAUUUAACAACACUAACGGCUGGAUUAGUGACUCUUACCUGGCGUUAGGCAUCCUGGGAUUUUUUCUGUUUGUCUUGCUUGGAAUAACUUCCUUGCCCUCUGUCAGCAACAGCGUCAACUGGAGAGAAUUUCGAUUUGUACAGUCCAAACUGGGAUACCUGACACUGAUUUUGUGCACAGCACAUACACUGGUCUACGGUGGAAAGAGAUUCUUGAACCCUUCACUGUAUAGAUGGUAUCUUCCUGCAGCAUAUAUGCUUUCUCUCAUUGUUCCUUGCAUUGUCCUGGCCAUUAAAUUUGUUCUAAUAUUCCCGUGUAUAGACCAACCACUCACACAAAUUCGACAGGGCUGGGAGAGGAACUCCAAAGGUUCAAAACAAUCAUACUGCAAUGAUAGCAAGUCAGCAGUAUAAUCAGUUAGUAAACACCCAAUCUGUAUAUCAUUGCAAUGUCUCAAAAACUUAAACUUUUAUAUUAAUGUCCUUUCCCAGUUUUAUGUGCAGGAAAAGGCAAAAAGGAGGAAACUUUGCCAGGACUGAGCAAUUUAUCGAUAUAAAAAAUGACCCAGGGCCAAUCUUAAACACAAAUGAAGCCAGUAGCCACUGAGAAUGCUCUGUGACCCAUGAGCUGGCGUCAUCUCCCUCUCAUUCAUACUAUAAACUCACUGCUAGUCUGCUCUUCCCACUCUCCUGGCAUCAAGACCGGAGGAAGAAACUCUGUCUGAUUUCCCUCCUUUUAUUAGUAUGGAAUCCCACUCUGGAUAGGGCACCACCAGUUGUUAGGCUGGCCCUGCCUGGACCAUGGGCAAAGAGGAGCUCAGCUCUUUGACAGCUUUGCUUGCUCUCCAUUAACCUCUGUUUCAGUAGAGGUCUAUAGCUACACUGUAUGUAUACCUUAGAUAACUGGCCACGUUUUGUUCGGGUUGUGCACAGAAAUUUUAUUCUCGGAAGUGGUUGGGCCAGUGGUCCUUGCUACACUGGACUACUGCAAACUCAGGCAUCAGGCUGCUGGGAAGUGGGGAGGAAAGAGACUUUCCAAAAUCAUUUGAUAAGGAAAGUGGUGCAAGGAAAAGAAAGACCUUGGUUAUGAUGGUUACAAAUGUGCGUUUCUCCAUCUAGUGCAAAUGAAGAGUGACCAGUGAUUGAGAUUGUGAUUAUGCUGCAUUCUCAAGUUAAAUCAAUUAGUCAUUUUGCUUAAUAUGAAUUUGUGACUAAAUUUGUUUAGUCUGUGCUUGUAAUGAGUUAUAAUCACUGAUGUAAUAUGCUGUUUUAUUGGAAUUUUGUGGUAUAAGUUCAAUAAAGAUGAGGUCUUUUGCUUUCCAAAAUCCUGGGGUUCAAUAUGACCA